CGAAUGCGCGUAUAUACAUCCGUAAAUACGCGGACCAGUAAGCAUGCAUAUGCAUACAACAAAGAGGCACAUGUAUAUGACACGAAUAUAAUAAACAUGCAUAGAUGCACACACACGCACGUACAUACACACACAGUCGUACACAAUCAUAUACGCACGCACACAUAUAUUUAUUUAUAUGUACAGACAUACUUGUCUAGACGUUUCUUUCUAUAAGCAUGGAGCAUUGGUAACUAGAUGAAAUUACUUUUAGAGGAUUCUUACAAAUUAAUUUAUUUGAAAUGAUGAAGAAAAUAUUAGAACAACGAGAAGCUCAUUAUUCUUCAAUUUUUAAUUAUUUUUUUUGUUUAUGUUUCCGCUAGUUGAACUCACUCUGUAGGAAGAAUGUUGACGGCAUAGUUAUACUUCUCCCUUAUACGAUAUAAAGUCUACCUUUUAAUGGUAAGGAAGGAAAAGAAAAAAACUGGGGUUAAUUUAUAUUUCAUAUCGUGUAGUAAAUAGAUAAACAGCUGAUUGGUUUUAUCUUAUACAUACAUACAUACAUACAUACAUGUGUGUACAUAUAUAUAUUCAUAUAUAUAUAAGUAGGAAAUCCACACUUCACACAGGCACACACAUAUAAAUAUAUACAUAUUUAUAUAUGGACGUAUAUGUGCAUCUACAUAUAUGCAGAACCAAUUUUACUUUUAAACAUAUUCCAUAAAGUGUACAGUAGAAAUAAUUGCAGACGUGAAUCUGCGCUCACUCUUUAUAUUUCGCUGUUUUAUAAACAAUAACUACGUUCCGAGUACAAACUGCAGUUAGUAAAUGCAAAAGAGAAGAUUAAAGGCACGGAUUAUCCCUAAGGAUUAUCUACUAAGGAUUACUUAAAAAUAUAUAAGGUCUGUGGUGAAUAUCAUUUUGAACUCUAUAUACUUUACAAUGUUUUCGGAUAUACGCAUUUUUCUACGAGAUCGAGACAAUCAAAGAUAUGAUCAAAUUUACGGAAUAGAAAUUAAUUUUCCCUUGUAAUGUUAAGAGCUUUGUGAUUAUGAGUUUGUCUUUACUGGUAGAGUCCUUUGUUAAAAACAAAUCGCAAUGACUUCUAACCGAGGCAAUUCGCAGGCAAGACAUUUUUCCACUGGUGGUAAUUCUGCUAUCGAUUACCUCACUGUUCCUGAUCAUGAUCUGCAGCUGAUACCACCACAAAGUCCAGGUAGUUUGUCUGUUCCAAGUUCCUGGAAUCGCAAUACAGCAGCUGAAGAAUGGCGACGUGCAAGCAGUACAGCUUCGUCAAUAUUCGAUUUAUCAACUGAAGCGGAACAGUUAGAACGGGCUUUGCAGGAAAAUGAUAUCUUGUCACUGACGAAGAUUCUCAAAUUACACCAUACCAAAUUUCCAGUAACAAUAAAUAGUGAUAACUUUACUGAACGAGGCAGUUGUGAUUCUUAUAGUCAGCGGAUCAGUCAAGGAAGCCAAAACUACGUUGAACGAAAUGACAGAAGAGAAAGUGUUGUAACGGAUAUAAGUGAUGUUCCGGCAAUAUUUCGUACAUCACUUCAUGUUGCCGUACAAAAUGAUUCAGUUGAUGUCUUGAAAAUUCUAUUAAAAUGUGGCAUUGAUCCAAAUAUGCCGAACCAGUUUUGUUACAGUGCAUCACGGAAAAAUAGUAUCAUCACUGAAACAUCUUACCCUGUCAAUAAAGAAGAUGUGGAAACCAAAUUUGUAGCCAGCGUUAAGCAGGACAAUAAAACAUCUAAUUAUCAGGCGGCUGCUUCUUCGACCAAACUGCAGGUGGCUUCGCUUAUAAAUGAAUCUCGCCAACACCAACAAUCGAGAAACUUGUGUUCUACUCCAGCGAAACACGAGAUCUUAUUUGAAUUUUCUUUCAACUACAGUCAAGAUGAAUUGUUCAACUUACCAGUACUCUACUUGGCUAUUGUCAAUGCGAACGCACCAGCAGUUGAUCUUCUCUUAAAAUAUAACGCUAACCCGAACAUUCAAGAUCGACAUGGCGUCACUCCGUUGCAUCUUGCAUCCUGUGCCGACUUUUAUAAUGAGAAGUGUAUUCGCCAUUUGAUGAAACACGGCGCCAAAAUACAUAUGCAAACGUUCUUUGGUGUGUCAGCAUGUAAUAUUCGGCCGACUCUUGACAAAGAGCAACUAGAUGUUAUAAAAGAGAUGAUGAAACUGGAAAUUUCAACAAAAUGUCAAUCUAAAAUUUACAACAUGGGAGUUAGCCAAGAUUCGUCAACUUCUUCAAGUGGAGUUUCUCGAUUUUUCAAGAGACUUAAUAGUGAGAAAUUAAAAUUCAAAGAUAGACGCGUUGCUUUAACGGAAAGCUUUAUUGAGUCGGAUUUAGCCGAAAGAACAUCGACCAGUUCCUACCGAAGCGCGCGAAGCAGACAGCAGUCAAAUCGUUUCAGCAUUACUGAUGACACGGAAACAGACAUAUCAAUGUACGACGCUGUAUCAGUACAGGACAACAAUUCAGUAUCUCGCGCCAAAAUGAGUUUACGCAAAAAUGAAAGAUCGAAACAGAGACUAUCUGGAGUUCAAGAAAACCAAGAUAAAACAGCUUGCGAAGAUACUGAAAGAUCGUUGGGUGCUCUAAAAAAGUUAGCCUGCAAUCCAGAAUGUCUUUCAGCUCUUUUGGAUGGACUUGGAUCAUACCUGAAGACUGUCAUAGGGAUUGUUGACCAGAUAGAAUGUUCAGGAGUCGAAAAGGCUAUCAAUGAAUUGUUCAACCAAAUUAUACGGACCUGCUGUGAACAACUGGAAGGCGCCCAAUCCGACGAUGAAAAACAUUCUCUGUUCCUGGAAUUAACUAAACUGUUAGGAAUUGGUUUUGAUCUCCUGCGGGGGAAGCAAUCUUUACAUUUUACGGCUUUAAGUACUAUUAACCGAAUCCUUGAUUUAUGCAUUUAUCAUAGGAAUUAUGAAAUUGGCUCUUUAACAGACAGCAUAGAAAACAUUGCUGCUUGUCCGAAUGCAAACAUUGAUAAUAACACUAACCGUGGGUUAUCAAUGCGUAAAGAACCAAUUACUCAAAAGACAUCACUCGAUGAGACAUCGAAUCUUAGUCGUAAACCAUCAUCAAGUUCGAAGAAAUUUGUCCUCAAGGAACAAAGUUAUAAUGAUCGCCUACAAGAAGAGGAUGAUUUACGCAUACCUAUAAUGCCGUUAAAUCGAACUCCAUUAGAAAUUCUGACCAAUUCUGACCCCAGUCAGAUUCUAAGUGUAUUACACAAUAAUAUCACAAUGCAUAAACGCAUAAUAGGAACUCGGCAAAAGUGCUCACCUAGCACGAGGCGACGGCAAUGUACACAUCACUGCCUACAAAUUUUAAGUGCGCGAAUUCUUGUCGUAAUGUGUCAUGGAGCUAACGUCCAACAUAGAGUUGUUGCUGAUGGCCACGUAAAGACGUUGGUCGAAGCCUUGGAUCCUAACAACGAUCCACACUUGCUGUGUCUCUUGUUACAAGCCCUGGCAUGUAUUGCUAUGAACCCAAACUAUCAUCCAGUUCUCAGCGAAGCGGAUAUCGCAGAUAUGUUAAUGCAGCUUCUUCUGCCUUCCGAUGAAUGGUACUAUACCAACCACAGCACCAAGUAUGCCAAAUACGUGAAAUACAACGCUGCGCGAAUUUUAGUUUACAUGGGUCUGCUUCAUAAGCUUGGUGGACGAGUCGAUCUUUUCGACCGGAAACCAUUUCAAGAGACAGUGAGUAAUGCUGUACUACAGGUUCACUCUCCCGAAGAUAGUUUCAUCGGAUUAAUGGCAAUGGGACGAAUUGUUGUCAUCAAUAAAAGCAAUCGCCUCGAAGCAGCGUCUCUUGAAGGACUUGUUGCAGAACUCAUUGAGGAAGCUGUAAAAGAAGAGAAUGAGUGUAUGCAGCCUCCAGCAAUUCAUCUCUCCAGUUCAGUUCAAAGUUUGUGUGAUGUUAUUGAACCAGCCGUCGAUUCAUGUUCACCCUACAAAGUCUCUCCACUUAUUUCUCCAGCAAGUUCAGUGUCUUUUCUUGCAGAUAAUAAUACAAAAACAUUCCGAGAAUUUUUACUCAGUGCUCUCCCUAUGCUUGUCCAUCCAGUUAUCAUAUUACGCCUUUUAGCUCAUAAACUAUUUGGAAAUAUGGUGAAACGAAAAACCCUUUCAUCAGAUUGUAAAUUAAAACCACCAAAAGUUCUCCCAAUGGAAAUUUGCCCACCUAGAGACAACUUAAGAGAAAAUAUGGGAGAGACAAAUGGAGAUGGUAACAAAGAAUCUCUGCCCAAAAGGCGGAAAAUUAACCUUCAUGUACAAAUAACAAAUUCACAAGAAGAGAACAACAUCGCCAAUAACUCACUCAAGGUAUGUGAAAGGGACUUAGCACGACCAAAUACAUUGCAAAUAAAAAACGGUACAACCAAGUCUGCCUUGAGAGUGAUUAGCGAGAGUUUGGUCACUCCUUUGGAUCUGAAUAUAACUGCCUCUCCAUGUAGUUUAGAUAGCAAUCAUGGCACUCCAGAUGGUGACGCGUCAAAAACAUCCAGAAAGCUAUUUCGUUGGCCAAGUAAAAAACGUCUUUCAAAAUCCAAUGUUAAUGUUUCAGUGACACACAGAGAUAGUGUGUGUAGUCAGUUAAGUCAAGUUAGUUCUAAGCCAUCUUCGAUUUCUUCCACUCCUGAUAUAGACAUAGCUGCAUUCCAACGAGAGCUUAUCAACUUACCUACAUUUGUAAUGGAUACUGCAAUGUCAGACAUUUCCCCAGUGUUUUCUCGAUCCAGUUCUGUCCCCGAAAAUCUGUCAUGCCGUGUAGUUAGCAGCUCAUCAGUAGAAGACACUCUUUAUUCAAUCACUACUGAUAAUUUUGCUUCGGAUAAUGCUUUAUGUAACAAAGCCAUUUUACCCAGUGGCCAAGUGCUUGAUUCACUUUGUAAAUCGACUUCAGCUGUGACCAUAACUGCAACAAAUAUGGGCUCCGGCAUGAUAACAAAUACAGAUGAAGACUUUGCAGACACGUCCCUUACGAAUAUUGUGGUUCGAUUCGAGCCUCCAUCGUCACCCUUGGGUUCAAGUUCAAGCCAAAGUCCGCAUACAUUUUGUGACUUAUUUACUCCUAGAAACUCUGUUGCAAAUAGGGAUGACAAAAUAAAUUUAUCAAGCCAAAUGUCCACGGAUAAUAAUUCAGCGGUGAUUGAGAAAUUCAUUGGUCAGUCAAGUAACAGUCCAGAAUCAGAUAUCAUUCCAUCUUUCAUGAAUAUCAACGGCAAUAUACAGAUGUCUACACCUAUGAGAAAUUUACUAAAUGAGAUUCCUUAUGAUCAUCGAGGUGUUCUCAAAGUCAUGAAUACGUGGGUUAGCGUGUGUAAGACUGAUCUUGAGAGUGGUUCCCUUGUGAUCCACGAAAUGCGCGAUUUCCUUAAUAAGCUGUCAGUGUUAGGACAUGAUUACAAAGCAUGGUGCCAUCAGAUAAGCAAUUUACUACAACUCGAGGAACGAACCAUCACAAAGACUUCCAAAGACGAUUCCGAAGAUAAUGAGAAUUGCCAUUUGCAAUACAAAAGACUGCAACAGAUGGUUGUAUGCGGCGAGCUUCCAUGCACUAAAGAUGAAUCAGCAAUAUUCGCUGGUAUUCAACUUCACAUUGAAGAAGCCUGGCCUGAGGAAAAUACAAGUUCAGCAUUGGACCCAAGUGGAUUAUACAAUCAUGUCUCAUACAAAGUGCCUUGCAAACAUCCAGCAAAAGCGGCGACACCAGCAGCAGCAGCAGCAGCAGCUCCUGUUAUUUCCGAUGAUAGUGGACACCACACUGUUCAUACAUCCGUGGACAAGGAACAUCAGGAAAACCUGCGCAAGAAAAAAGAGUUGAUACGUACGAAUAAAACCAAGAAGGUGCCAAGCAAUCGAAGACGCGGUCGGCUAGUCAAGCAUCUGAUGUGCUUCAGUGACUAUGAAUAUAACUCAAUCAGUGCUGUCUGUUUAGAAGAUUAUCUACCUCCAGAGUACACUACAUCAAGGAAAAUUCGAGAACUUAUUCAGGAUAAACAGAAAAAGUUGUGGCAUACGCCAUAUUAUGACAAUGAAAUCAAACUGAAACAACUUUAUAUCAAAAUCUGCAAAAACCUACCUGCCUAUGGAUGCAAACUAUAUCAGGUGAAAGAAAAUCUCAGAGGGAAUACGCAGAAAAAGGAAACGAAUCAGGGCUCAUGUUGUAAGGAUCCUGUAUGUUGUCUAAUUGUCACAGAUGCUGUAGCUAGACAGAAUGACACAAAGGUAUCCAGGUUACUGGGUAUAACGCAUGAAAAGAUCAUUUUACUUGACCACAAGAGUAAGGCAUUAGUAAAAUCAGAAUACAUCGGUGAUUUGCAAGAGUGGUAUACUGGAGAAGAUCGAGCCCAUGGUGGACUAGUACUGGAGUUUCGAGGUGCUAAACCAUGGAUACUGACAACACCUUCGGUUGAAAAUCUGAAGUAUGUAGCUGCAGCUCUUUGGGAAGCCAUGGAUAUUGAGGGCCGUUUCCUUACAUCUAGUGGUUUACGAAGAAACAGUUUAGAUUUUGAUUAUAGCCGGCGGCACUUUGUGAUGCAAUCAGAUAUAGGAACAAAUUAUAUAUAUACUGAAGAACUUCUAUUAAUCCAAAAAAUUCUUCAUUUUCCUGAAGAAGUAGCUUUAUCGUUAACAGAGACGGAAUAUGAGUUAUUCAAUCGAAUACCUCCUGCACAAUACAUACGUCAAGUUAGUCUUGACCUUAUCAGACCAAUAACAAAUAAAAAACAAGUAUCAGUUGAGAAUCUUCUUCAAAGAUUUGGAGAGGUCAGCAGUUGGAUUACCCAUUUAAUCAUUACCCAACCAACACAUGAUGACAGAAAAGCCAUACUAUCCUGUAUCCUCAGAUUAGCUUCAUAUUGUCUUAUUAUUGGAAACUUCAACUCUGCCAUUGAAAUUGUAACUGGCCUUAAAUCUGAUAAGCUGAAACCAUUUUGGUUAAAUUUGAGUGAAAAUGAAAGGAGGAGUUUCCAAUCCUUAUCAGAGCUAUUAUUGUCUGCUGAACCAAGCAGAGAAUUUCGGGAAGCAGUCAACAGGUCCUUAGAUAUUCCAGACUGUAAAGUAGUGCCUUUUAUUGGAGGAUUUCUCAGGAAUCUACGAGCUGUAUUUGUUGGUGUACCGAGUAUUAUUGUAUUGGCUUCUGAAGAAAAUCAACCAUUGGAGUUUGCUCCCGAUUACAAUGGGGAAGAUCGAUACAUGACCAGAAUAGGGGUCGGUGGACUUAUGAACCUCCACAAGUUAAAAGAAGCUCAUACAAUCAUGAAUGACAUUUGCCUUUUCCAUCAUCAUGCAAUCGUACAAAAAGCACAAAACCAAAUUUCCAGUGAUCAUAAAUCCAAUGUUAUGACCAACACUGCAAAUUUAACAAAUAAAACCAAUGUUGAUGAAGCAGAAGAGAAAGUUGCUGAAGAGAAGUGUGAGGUUCCCCAUGAAUUUAGCCAUGGAAAUGAAGAUGAUGAAGACAGUGACAGUGAUUAUGACCUUGAUCUUGAUUCUUACCAACCAAUUUGUCCUAUCAAUAAUGAUCAUGAGGUCAGUUUACUGACGCCCAAAAUCUCUAAUGUCAGUCUGCAUCAGUUACAGUGUAUGCAUCAUGGAAGUACAAUGGUGAGGCAUGAACUUGAUACAAACCGUUCUGUUGUUGUUUGUCUCAAACUUGAAAGUGACAAUAGAACACUUACUUGGCAGAAACCUUCCUGGAGUGCUCUGAGAGGGAGCCCUUCUCCACCAGAUUACACUCUGAAAUCAGACUUUGAUUUAUCUUCAUCUAAUACAAUAUCUCUACGUUAUAAUACAGACGAUGAUGUGAUGGAAGGACUUGAAGAAGGUUUCAUUGAUAUAAAUAUCAUAAAAGAUGUGUAUUUGGGUGCUGAUAUUGCUGAUUUUGCAGCUAUUGGUAAACGAUAUGGUUUAGGUAAUUUUGUGCCAGAGAAAAAUUGCCUUUGUCUAGUUUAUGGCUAUAAUAUAACGGAAAACAAACUGAUUUAUUUCAUAGCACCAGAUAUGGUGGCCAAAAUAUGGUUUCAAGGUUUACAGAGUCUUGUGAAAGCAGCAACUAAAGUCAAGAACCAAACUGACAAAAGAGGUCAGUGGCUAAAGACACAGUACCUUCAGCUGUAUUAUGAGAAUGAUAAAUGCCAGGGACCAACACCAGCAGAAGCAAUAAGGACAUUCGGUGGCAGGCGAUGGUCAAGUGGUACCCAGAAUGUGAACAAUUCUGUUGAAACUCAAGUAACUUCAAAGAAAGGAACUCAAGGAUUUGGUGGACCAAUAAUUUUCAAAAAAAAACAUAGUUCAGGAAUUGCUUCCUCCAAAGAUAUCAGUCCCAAAGGUUCAAGCAGCUCCAGCACAUUUAGUAGUUGUGAGUCAACAUCAAAAGCUACUUACAGCCAUCAGCAAACUCCUAGCCCAACCCGUAAAUCAAAAUCUGAACCCAGUAAAAACUUCUUGAAUGACCCAGUGAUAAACCAAAUUCAAACAACCAACUAUUUGCCAGGCUUUAGAUCAAGGAAUAUUACAUACAGCUUUACAGAGCAUUACCAUUCCAGGCGACGGAAACGAUCGCUCAAUGCUGGCAGAUGUCUUCCCUCUUCUGAAAGUAGAUCAAUCGCUAUCACACAUUCAACACAAUUGUCUUUCUUGGAUUUUGUGGAUUUAUUCAAAGCAUUUGAGUUACGCUGUCGUAAGGAUUUAAAAGAUUUAUUUGAACAGUUUGCCAUUACCAAAACACUUGCAGAGAUUGAAGAAACAGUUUCCUAUGACUAUCACAUGUACAAACCAUCAACUAAAGACAUGGGUCUUGUAACGAGGGUAAAUACAUUUGAUCUUGGCUUAGAACAACAACAGCGACGGAAAAUUUGUGAUGCAAUUGCAGCAGCUAGUAUUGUGCAUAAUUGUGCAGGAGUUGAUACAACUCAGAACAGGUUCAUGGGAAUGCAACAGUUUCAACAUUUCCUGGAAGAUUAUCAAGAAGAAAGUGUGGAUAAUGAAAGAAUUUAUCAGCUGAUUCAGCUUCAUGAACCUAAUCCAAUUCCACGAGAACAUGGAUAUCUUUCAUUUGAAGGCUUUGCCAGGUAUCUGAUGGAUAAAGAGAACUAUGCAUACAUAAACGAAAAACUAAAGUGCCGAAAAGAGGAUAUGGAUCACCCAUUGUCUCAUUACUAUAUAGCAUCUUCACAUAACACAUACCUAACUGGUCAUCAACUCAAAGGAGAAUCAUCAGUAGAACUGUAUAGUCAAAUACUCCUAAUGGGUUGCCGAUGUGUAGAACUUGACUGUUGGGAUGGAGAUGAUGGAAUGCCAAUUAUAUAUCACGGACAUACACUCACUACAAAGAUCUCAUUUAAGGCAGUUGUAGAGGCUAUCAACAGAGCAGCAUUUGUUAAUUCCCCAUAUCCUAUAAUCUUGUCCAUAGAAAACCAUUGCUCAAUACCACAACAACAAAAAAUGGCACAAAUAUUUGUUUCCACAUUCGGUGAUAAACUGGUAACAAAAUAUCUGUUUGACAGUGACUUCAGUGAUGAUCCUCAACUACCAUCUCCAAAUCAACUCAAGUACAAAAUUUUAAUAAAAAACAAAAAAUUAAAAGAUUUUGAUAAUCAAACUACAAUUAAAAAAGUUUGUACCCAUUCUCGAACAAGCAGUAUGAUCUCUUCUGAAAGUGCUUCAAUUAAUUUUGAAGAGGAUGACGAUGAAGAUGAUGAUGAAGAUGAUGAUGUUGCUGAUGGCUGCCAGCUCUAUCGGAAACAAUUUGAGAAAGAUAUGCGACGUUCAGUUGACAGCCAAGGAAGUCAAACACCAGAACAAGAUGAAAAAUCAAAACAUACUCGGUUAAGAGCUGAUUCUUUUGGAGAUAUUUCCAGACAAGGAAUACCUCGAAGUUCGUCAUUUGGAGAGAAGAACCGUCCUAAAACACAACCUGACCUUGAUUGGCCAAUUGAGGACGAUAUGCCUGAAGCAAAAGUCAUAUUGAAGUCAAAACAGAAAAAGGACAGUCAAAUCGCCAAAGAACUCUCUGAUUUAGUCGUCUACACACAAGCAGUUAAAUUUAGAAGUUUAUCAGUGAGUCCAAGUACGUCCGUAAAACAAAAAAAAAUAUCAUCAAAAAAAGGCAUUCUAUCUUCCAGUCACAGUGGAUCUCCUGGUUCUUCAGCAAGCAUGAGCACAGUUACAGAGAAAUCGGAAUUGAACAUUACACCUGCAAUGAUGAGGUCACGUCGAGGAGAUCAAACGCCACCUGCUUACCUUCUGUCAUCAAUGAAUGAGAACAAAUCCAAAGCAUUGUGUCGGCGCUGUCCAAAUGGAUUGAUUACUCAUACAGAGAAACAACUGAUGAGAACGUAUCCGGCUGGAGUAAGAAUAGAUUCUUCCAAUUUUAACCCAAUGCAGUUUUGGAUAUUUGGAAUCCAAAUGGUAGCACUUAAUUACCAAACUGAAGAUACAGCCAUGGCACUGAAUACGACAUUGUUUGAACAGAAUAGAAAAUGUGGACUAGUAUUGAAACCUGAAGUUAUGUGGGAUAAGAAUCAUGUAAUGUACACACGAUUCAGUCCAUUUGAUAAAGAAUUUGAUGGGAUUCAUGCAACGGUGCUCACACUUCAUUUGAUCUCAGGUCAGUAUGUAAAUCCAAGUCUGAGUGCCCACACACAAGUGGAAGUAGAAAUCAUUGGUAUUCCUGUUGACUGUACAAAACACAAAACCAAAGUUAUACAACGUAAUGCCUUAAACCCUAUAUGGAAUGAUGUCUUCAAUUUUCAGAUUAUGUUUGUUGAUCUGGCAUUCAUCCGUUUCCUCGUCAUUGACACCAGUACUGGCCAUAUGGUCCUGCAGCGAAUAAUUCCACUCAAACAUUUGCGUCCUGGAUAUCGACAUGUUCGGUUACGCAAUCCUCUAAAUCAGCCAACUGAACUAGCAACUUUAUUCAUUUAUUCUAAAUUGGAAGAAGACCAACUGGAUCAGUGCAACAACAUAGACCUUAAUGCUGAUAUUCUUGGCAAACGGCGGUCGCUUCUAGCGAAAGUCAAAGACUUUUCUGAUGUCUCCAAAGUUGAUGCUGGGAAAGAUUUAUCUACGAACAUUGUCACUACAGUUGGUAAACAGAAACGGAGAAUGUUUAUUGUCACCAUAUUCGGCCUCAGCACGCCAGAUGACUAUGUAAUUUUAAAGAUCUCCCAAGAUACAUCCGUCUGUGAUGCUAUUGCAUUGGCUUUACUAAAGGCAGGGAAAAGUGAAGAAAAAGUUGCAAAUUAUGUCUUGGUUGAAGAAGUUCAAAGUGGUUGGGAGAGAAAAGACCAGGAAAAGCCUUGUACUCAGAGAAUUCUGGAUAUGUCUGAAAAACUACUAGCAUCUCAAAAUAAAUGGAAGGGAUCAGGCAAAUUUAUCCUUCGAAAAAUGAGUGAUGACCCAAGUAGUCGUGCUUGGAUGACCACCAUGUUAACAAAUGAACAAAAGAAAAAAAUGGACUCAACUGAUGAUGACUCAGCAGUUUGGGAUUCAGAAGAGAAUAUGUUUUUAGUAUGUGUAUAUAAUGUCUCACCAGAUCAGCCCUAUACAGUAUUUAAAGCGCCAGUAUCUAGUACAGCUCAAGAUAUAAUCACUCAGGCUAUGAUGAAAUCUCGGCGCAUCAAUAUGUGUGAUCCACGGGAUUUUGUUCUUGUACAAGAAUUGGAAGUAUUGUUCACAUCAGACACAGCUAGCAGUCAGAGAAACAGUCGGACAGUACAGAAAUGUGAACGGCACGUAUUAAGCAAUGAAGAUAAUGUAUAUCAAGCUCAAAAUGAAUGGAAAACAUUUGGGAAAUUCAUUCUUCUGCACAGAAAUAAAGUGGAUGAUGAAUUUGAGUUAUGUGAUAAUAAGAAAAAGAAGGGUUCCAACUAUAUGGGAUCACUUUCUAGAGGAACAGCUAAUAUAGCUAAGAAAAUUGGUUCUAAACGAUCAGGUCGUGCAGCAUCCUCAUUUGAUCAUUCUUCUCUAAACAGUUCUGAUGAAUCUCUUCAGAAAAUAACUCGAUGGCCAUCCCCUUGUACAGGUGAUGGGAGCAAUUUUGGCGGUGCUGCUGAACUCAGUGGGAGUGGUUCCUCUUUAGAGAAGCGUUCAAGCCAUUCUGUUUCCCGCUUCAAAAAGAUCUCCAACAAACUCAACUUGAAAUUUAAAUGAAAGCUUCAUCUAGAAUACAAAAAUCCCAACUAUGAUAACAGAGACAAAGCUGAUGGUGAUGACUGCGAUGGAGAUGUCAAAGAUGAUGGUGAAAAUGUCGCUGAUUAUGAUUAAUGACAAUGAAAUUGAUGAAUACAUAACAAUAAUAAUGGCUUCAUUAAAAGGAGACAUUUCAAAGUAUAUUUCCCAAUAUAUUGUCACAGACAUACCAGCUUGUAUUUAUUUUGAUUUCAUCUACAUGUACAUACAGAGAUACAUACAUGCAUAUAUGUUGAUGGAUGUGUGCAAGUGUGUUUAUGUAUAUGUGUGUAAUGUCUAAACAAGUUGGUACGCAUUACUAAUCCUAUGCAAAGGAAGUGGUUUAUUUCCCACAAAUACACCAAUGCUACUACUACUAAUACUACUUAGUAAGAGUAGCAGUAUGACUACUAUAAAUACUACUAUUAGUACAAUUAUUGUUACUAACCACAACCAUUACUAUGACCAACAGAAACACAAGUUCCACCACCAGAUUUUUGUCUUCAGUUGUGGUCAUUUUCAUAUAGCUAAAAUUGGAAAAAAAAUAAUAAUAAUAAAAAUCAGAAAAAAAAAAAAAUUUUUCUUUACUAAUGUUCAAAAACACGUUGAAAUGUUAUUAAUAAAGUGAAUAUAAUUUUUUUUCAAAUUUUCCACCUAAAAUGAACAAUACUACUAAAAGCUGUUCAGUGGGAAAAUGGUGUGCUAAAUCCAUUCCAUGAAAUCAUGUAAAUCAUGAGAAAGAAAUGAAGAGACUGUGGAUAUUGUUUGAUAUUCAGAUAAUCCAGUGAACUGCACAGAGUAACAGGGGUUAAAGAUAAUAUAUGUGCAGUGAUAAUGAACAUUAUUUGUUACAUGGGAAAGAGCUAAAAUAAUAUAUUGUGUGUGUGUGUGUAUUUAUAUAUAUACACAUGCACACAUACAAUAAAUCAUAUAUAUAUAUAUAUAUAUAUAUAUAUAUAUAUAUAUACAUACAUGUGUAUGCACAUAUAUAUACAUGUUUAUGUGCAUAUAUAUAUGUAUUUAUAUAUAAUGUACAUGGAUGUGAACAUGUGUAUGUGUGUAUACUAUAUAUAUAUAUGCAUUACAUAUAUAUGUAUAUAUACAUACAUACAUACAUACAUACAAGCACACACAUAAAAACACAGCUCAUUGUAAAUAAUUUAUAUGUACACAUGAUAAAUGCAUAUAUGAUAUAUCAGUAUUAGCUAGAAAUAUAUCAAUAAUUAUGGUUUUUCUUAUGAAUAUAUGUGUAUUCAUAUAUUUGUAUGUUCGUUUGUAUAUCUAUCUCUAUAUAUACACACAUAAGGCAUUGUUUUGUAUAUAUACAUAUAUAUAUAACAAGCACAUACAUAUCUGCAUAUACAUGCACACAGACACACACAUUUUGCAUAUUGCAUGAAACAAAAGAAAAAUGAAAGCUAAAGAAAACAAAAAUAGAACAAAAUUGACAGCUGUUUGCAAAAACAAAAAUCAUGUAAAUGUACUUACCUUUUAACUAUUUUUAAAAGUAAUCCAUUACUAUCAAUAUUGAUCUUUUCAAAUCACCCGUAUAGAACCAAGUGAAAUGAUUUUUAUUUUGUUUUAUUCUAUCUAUUUUUUUUUUUCUGAUUGCAACAAAGCUCAUUGGAACCACCAUACUCAGCCACAUACACCAUAACAGCUACACAGCAAUAUAUAUAAAUAAACCCUAAAUAUAUAUAUUGAUCUUAUCUAAAUUUUUAAGAAUAUAUAGAAACCAAAUUUCUUGGAUUUUAUUGAUAAAAUCAAUAAAUUUAUUUGUGUUAAUAUCAAGAAAUUAAAUCAAACGAAAUUAAAUUAUUAAUGAUGUAUGUGAAAGAGUCUGCCAACUAACUGGUGUUUACUGACAAAUAAUAGAAUGCUGGCUCUUCUGGAAUAUCUAAUUAAGUAUGGCAUGUAGCUAGAAAAAUAUCCAUCUGUUGUAUUUCUAGCAUUAUACAUGUGUGUCUUCAUAAAGGUAUUCCCAGGGUCCAUCAUCAAUAUUUACAGAGUGCUCAAUUUAAAUGGUGAUGAUAAUGAUCAUGAUGAGAUAUAAUGAUGAAAAUAAAGGGUUCUCAUAUUGAAUCAAGGCCACAUAUUUGUAGCAGAAGGGGUAUAGGAAAUUGAAUGAUCUGAUCUCCCACUACCACUCCAGUUCAUGUUUCAUAUAUAUUUUUAAUCAAAUGUCAAAGAAUUACAAAGUCAUCCUCAACGGGAUUUGAACUCAGAAAAUAAGGGCAAAAUUAAAUACUUUAAGGCAUUUAGUCUGGUGCUUUACCAUUUCUGCUACUGCCAUAAUCAUUUAAAAUUAAGAGAAAUAAUAUAAAUAAUUAUGAAAGUUAUAAAAACUAUUUUUACUUUUAACUAUUUUUGUUUUGCCUAUUCCUUUCAUAUCAAUAAUAUCUUUAAUAAAGAUAAAAAUUUAUUGUUUAAAUUAGGUUUGGAGUACAGUAGAUUAAAUCAAAUCUAGUACAUUAUUAAUGGUUAUUUUAUCAACCCUUGACAGAUGAAAUGUAAAAGUCACUUUGGGAGGAUUUGAACUCUGAACAAUUAAUGACAAAAUAAUACCAUUAAGUCAAAGCAGAGAAUGACAAUAGAUUAUAUUUGGUCUUGUGCUUUACUGUUUCCACCAUUCCUAUAAUUAUGUUAGUAAUAGUAACAAUGAUAAUGCUAAUAAAUUAAAUGGAGGUAGACAUAAACUGUCACCCAGUUUAACACCAUCACAUGGUUCUAGGGUUCAAUCUCGUUGUACUGCACCUUGAGCAGGUAUUUGCUAUAGUAGGUCCAGGCUGAUUAAUACCUUGUAAAUGGAAAUUUGAUUGCUGGAAACUUUGCUGAAGCUCAGUGUGUGUGUGUGUGUGUGUGUUUAUGUUUUGCAACCUAGUGGCUGCACAAAUAGAAAUUGAUAAGAUAAAUACCAGACUGAAAUAAUGUACCAGAUUUGAUACAAACUCUUGUAGGUAGUCCCCCAACAUAGCCACAGUCCAAUGAACAAAGCCAUUAAAAAAUAAUGGCAUAAAAAGAAUAUUGCAAAACUUUUAUUUCUAAAGAUUCAGUUUAUAUUCUUAUCUAAUUAACAACUUUUAAAAAUGAUAAUAUUAGCUGCUUGUGAUAUAGUUUAUGCCCCUUAAAAUGUGAAAUGCAUUUUAUUUUGGUAAUAUAAUAUAUAGUUGGAAUGAACCCAUAGGAAUAAGAGGUAAGAUCUCAAUGUGUGACAUCAUUUCAAUUUCCAUUUGAAAAUAAUUCACCUCACUGGCACUGCUUAUGUCCUAAAAAGACCCUUGCCUUCACAUCAAACUACCCCGCUCCUUGUUCUCCCUACCCCCACCCUCCAUCCUUGAGGCCUUGAGUUUGUUUACAAUGUCAAUAUUGAAUCUAGUUGAAAUUAACCAUCACGUUUGCUGCCUGCUUUAUAUCAACAUCUUUCCCUUGGAUUUCAUCCCCUGCACUUUUUUUCUGCAGCUGUCAACUUGGAACUGUCCAAAAAGAAUGUUAUUGGCUUGAUGUCAUUGGUUGUGGAGGUCUGCAAUGAUCAUGGGAACAGUUCCUUCCUUCAGACCAAAACUAAUAAGAAACACAAAAAAAAACCCAAAAAAAAUAUACAAACAAAGGGUUUACAAAAUAAGACGAACCUGAAUAAAUAUAACUCUGGACUUUGAAUAGUUAUAAAAUAAUGUUUCAAGAAAUAUAAGCUAGCUUCCAUCCUUGAGAUAUGUGCUACAUUCUUUUCACUGCUGAGUGGAUAGUGUUAAGAAUGGUAUCAAGCUGUAGCAAGUCAUUUCAAUAAAGCGAAAAUCUCAAAAACCUUUCAAAAUCUAUUCCAACCAUAACAUGGAAAAAUGGAAAGAAAAUAAAUAAGGGUUUCGUUUAGCUUGCUGUACAUUAAUAAUUUGAUAAGGUUUCUAAGAAACUUUUUAAUAUAAAUGUCCCUUUUCAGACAGAAGAUUUUAUUGAAAGUAAAUUGAUAGACCUCUUUCAUGCUAAUUAACCAGUAGUGGCAUAUAUAGAUUCUGCUCUUAUGUAAAAGACAUCAAAAGAACUGUGACAGCUUGUCAUGGCACAUCUUUAUUAAUAAAGUCCCUGCUUCUUUGACUGGCUAAUGUUAAAGAUAGAACUUGUAAGUCUAAUUAUACUAGUCUUUGUAUAUAAUAUCAGAUGCUUCCCAACAGAUGAAAGAUGGAGCUAUUAAUUGCAUUAGCAUAAAUUGUCUCUUCUAAGAGUUGGAAGCUAAUAACUGAUUUACUUAUACGUAGGCAAAAAACUGAUUCCAGAGUAAGGUAGCAUGCACAUUGUUUUGGAGACCUUCUUUGAAUGUAUCUUCCAUAACUAAUUUAAAUGGCAUUUAAUAUAAAUAAUUCACUGACUAAAUUGGUAUGUGAAAUACAAUCAAUAUUUUGCAUGUGUCCUUCAAGUUGUUAUUUGCUUUAUCUGCAAAUAGUUCCUUUCUGAACAUAAUUUCUGCUGUAAAUGUCAUAUAUCAACUAAGAUUGUUUGUUGUAUCUGUAGCAAGUGAAGCUCUGAGCUUACACUGUUCCAACUGCAUUGUCUUGUGAUAUAUUCUUAUAUUAAUUUCAUGUAGUUUAAAACUUGCAGAGAUUUUGGGCCACCUAGGCUUCAGACUUUAGGUUUCCAAUUCUUUUAUUUUCAUUUUACUGCUUUCGAUCAUUGGACUGCAGCCAUGCAGUAGUGGCACCACACUAAAGGGUUUUAAUCAUUUAUAUCACUCCUAAUUUGUUGUAUUUCACUUUUCCCAUAAAAUAAAAAUGACUAAAUGGGCAGUGACAAAGGGAGAUAAUUAGAUAUUUAAAAUAAUCAUGGAAUUCGAGAGCUUAUAAGUAUCCAUCUAAUUCCUUAUGAUCAAGGGCAGAUUCAAGAUCCCAUUCAGAUGGAUCCAUUAUAUUUAUUUGCAAUAGUUUUACAGAAUAUGUACUAUUAAAAUUAUCUCAAGCUACCAAUGGAAUAUAUAUGAACAAAAGCUAAUGAAUUUAGCUCUAUUUCUCAUUAUUGUGAUAGAGAGCUACAUCAGCUUGCAAUGAAGGCUGUGAAGGCACAAGAAGUAAAACUGUUUAGAUUGCCAAACCAAAAAGUUAUAUACCAUUGUGAGAAAGUAUAAAUACUAAAAAUAACUCUUAUUUGCACUUCUAAUCAUAAUCAUAUAAAAAAAAGUUUGUAAGUAAAUAAAAUGAAACAGAAUUUUAACUUAUAAGUUUGGCUUUUGCUUUAAAAUAAUUAGUAAUGAAGUCACUAACAUACUUCACACUAUGAGCCACAAAAUUUAAAUUGAAAUAACAUCUAUAUUGAAAGGAACAAAAAUCAUCUACACGAUCAACUCUGAUAAAGAUAGAAAAGGAAGACAACCACUGGAAUUUAAAUUAAUUAAAAAUACAAUGCAGUGGGAAGCGUGUCUGAUCUUUUGACAGUAUGGUGACAACUCCGGACAUGUUUCAGUCAUAUUAGGCCUCAUUAGUGAAGCAUAGUCUAAUCAUUUGAAAAUAAUUGAACGUAUGUUUGUGUGAGUAAAAUCAAAAAAAGGAUGUCUAUGUAAACUAAAGAACAAUGCUUAGUCUAGAUGCAAAACAUUCACACUGAAUCCUUAUGACACUAUAAAUGAAUUUGACUUUUUAAAGUAUUUUGAAUCUCCAAUUAUCUAAAUAAGAAUAAGAACACACACAAAUACCCAAAGACACAAAUAGGUUUUCAUAUACACAAACAUACUCUCUCCUCUUUUUCCUCACUCUUAAACUCAAUCUUUCAUAAAUAUGAGAAUAAAAGACAUAAAAGAGGGAAAGGAUUUUUUUUAUGGGUGGUAUGGUUAGAGGUCAGCUCCUAGCAAGUUGAGUCGACAAAAUCAGUUUCAGUUCCUGAUAGAAGCCAUUCCUAUUUCAUUUAUGCUGCAUUUAUGAUCAUAACAUACCCUCAUCUUAUCCUACACAUUUUGUGGUCUUCAACUUACAUAAGCCAAAAGCUACAAAGAAACUAAAAGUGAAUGAUU